GACGCAAAAUACGAAAAAUGUUACAUCAUACAUAUGUAUUAAAUGCCAUGUACCUAACGGCACGUUAACAGAUGCCAUCUUAAACUCGUCUCGGUUCGUCGUCACAGUGUGACGAAAAAUAUUUACGGAGAUAAAUUAUACAUCAUCCCUCGUAAAACAUGGCGUCGGAUAAAGUCUUUCAUUCCCGCUCUCAAGGUAUUCCCUCUGAGGGAGUAAAAGAUCAGUAUGCUGAUGGUAAGGCUGCGAGGAUAUGGAAGAAGUACAUUGGUGAUAGCAACAAACGGACACAGAAUUAUAGGACCUUUUUGAGUGGAAUUCUCAGAAAACAUAAUUGUGUAAAAGUCCUCGAUGUAGCAUGCGGGACAGGUAUAGACUCUAUGAUGCUCGUCGACGAAGGCUUUGAAGUGGUGUCAGUGGACGCGUCCGACAAAAUGUUGAAACACGCCCUCAAGGCUCGAUGGGAGAAACGGCGUGAUCAGAAAUAUGAUGAGUGGAUAAUUGAAGAGGCCAGUUGGGAAACUCUUCCACAAGACAUCGAAUCAUUUCUGCCCGGCGCCAAGUUUGAUGCCCUUAUCUGUCUUGGAAACUCGUUUGCCCAUCUUCUAGAUGAAUACGAUGAUCAAAGAACACAAAAGAUGUGUUUAGAAAAUUUCGCAAAAGUCCUAAAACCUGGAGGGUUGUUGAUAAUAGACCAUCGAAAUUACGAUGCGAUGAUCGAUAAGGGCUCUACGCCAGGACAUUCAAUUUAUUAUAAUAGUUCUUACCCAGUAGAUAUCAAGACAUCGGUGCUAGUCGUUCGCGGUAAACCGGAACUAGUUGCGUUAGAUUAUUGCAUUUGCCCCACAGAGGAUGGGGAUAUUGCUGAGAAAAGUGAAUUCCGUCUCUGCUACUACCCUCACAAACUAGAUAAAUUCACAGAAAUGUUAGAUGAGGCUUUCUCAAAUAAAGCUCAACACAGUAUAUACGCUGACUUUAAACCGCUUAAUGAAGUACUGGAGCCAGCUUACUACAUCCACGUCAUGCAAAAAGAAUGACUUGAAAACCUUGUAUAUUUUUAUAAAAAACUAUUUUUAUUUCAGUCCAAUUAUCUGGACUUUUUUUUGAUUAGAUCUUACAAUGUUAUUGUUUGCUAAAAAUUUCACUGAAUAAAUUGCUAAGAAUUUAAAUUUACUUAUUUACUCUAUGCGCACAUAGAUUUAUGAAGCCUACUAUUUCUCCAUAUAUAAAGAUAGGAGAACAAAUAGGCUAUAUGUAUUACUAGUUUCUUAAUACUAGUAGGUACAUAAUAUUUAAUGUAUGUAAGUUCCAGGAGUAAAUAAAUAAACAGAAUAGUUAUAAAUAUCUUUUAUUAUUGAUCUAUUCACUGUGAGUAAAAGUUUAAAGCUCCCAACAUAAACCUCAAUUGAAAUAGUGAAACAUGUUAACUGACAAUAUAACAUUUAAUAGAAACAUUUUUC